GCCUCUGAUUAUUCCAGAAGUGCUACACUUAUAAUGUUUCAUCUUCGACAAUUACACAAAGGUUGAAGGAGUGCUCAUCAUCCGAUACGCAAUAAAUGAAGGUGUGACCGCACAGGGCAGUAAGUCAGGGUGGACCUGUGCGAAGUAGUAAAAACAGUAUAUUGUGUUCUUGUUUUGUUGUGUGAUUGCCCCCCACCAGGCCAUCAGCAGGGUCUGUGUUCAUGACGUAUCUGCUGUGCAGCUAAGGGUGAAGGUGCUUUUUAGAACGCGCAGGAGCAUCGCACUAACACGCGUGGCACACGUGACCUCCAUACUCCACAAACCGUCACAAUUGACGUUGUUGCGACAGAUUGCCGACGGUCUCGUCAAUCUUGGUCAACCGUAGGGUGGUCAUCUUGACGGUCUCACCAUGUACUCUCCUAACUACCAAAGCGGAGACACCAAAAUCGUAGGCCUAGCAUACACGGUCAAAUUCUUGCCAAAGUGCGACGAAGCCGAAGGGCAACUAUGUAUGGACGACUUCAAACAAACUCAUGCUUUUCAUGGUUGCUCAUAUAUCCAGAUCGAUUUCACCCCCAAAGAUGUUGAAUUCGGACGCUUAUGGGGGUUGAAUCAAGCCAGGUGAUUGCCGUAU